AUGGGUGCGGAACGAACCAAGGGCGAAGGGAGCCAGCAACAGCGGCCCUGUGGGCGGUGGAUGGCUGCAGCAGAGCCCAGCCCAGGCGAGCACGACCGACGCUGCUCGGGGCCAGGAGCAGGACGCGGCAAGGAGGGAGUAAGGGCUGCAGUACAUCAGUCAGUAGUCAAGUCAUCCCCGGUAUCGUACCGUUCGUACCUGGCUUGGAUCGUGUUUUUUGCAGUUUCAAGAAGCCCUCGCCAAGAGCAGGCCUGGAACGCAAUCGUCGCGUCCCACGCUUCUGGUUUUGUUUCUUCCGGCGGGAGAUGGAUGCUCUUUUGCAAAAAUGAGCAGCCAAUCAAUCAAUACAUGGGACAGGAGACGAUGUUCGGUGCCUGA